UGAUGCGACCGUACCGUGACUUAAUGUCAGUACGCGCAAGUACUACGUAUAUAUAUAUGUAUAAUAUACUCCUAUCGCAAAUAUACAUUUGGGUUUGAAGCAGCUACAGUACCAGUACCAGUCAAUCAUAAAGCCAAGUAAACGUAAUUACAAGUAAACAAUAAUCAAGAUCUGAGAUCUGUCUAGAGCCCGAAGCAAGUGAUCUGUGGUCAGUAAUAGUGGUCAGUGAUUGCUGAUGAGUUGAUGAUGGGAAAUAUAUGACAUUGGAUCCUCUGAAUAAAUAAUAGUUGUUAUUAUCAGUGGAAUAUAUUUGGUUUCAUUAUGUCGCACGUACAGUAUGUUGAUGAAUUGGUAAAAGAGUAUUUAUUAUUCCGCGGAUUCAGUCAAACAUUGAGGGCAUUUGACAAUGAAUUGAAAUCUGAAAAAGAAAAAGGCUUUCGGGUUGACAAAAUUGUCGAUCAAUUGAUGCAGUACAUUUACACAUUUGAUUUGACAUCUUUGAGAGAACUGUGGGGUCACUUGGACACGAGAAUGUUUUGUCGGUUAGAAAACCAUUUUGUUCCUAGUGUUAGAAAACUGGAAAACUCUGUACUUAAAAUGUAUCUCGUUAAUGCGACUGUUAAUAAUAAGCAGGAACGUAUACAUGAAUUUUUUUCGAAAAUGACACCGGAGUUACAGGGACACUCGGAGUGGAAAGAAUGGUUUGCAUUUCCAUUUACUAAAAAUCCAGAGGACAAUCCAAUUUAUUCAGUGUACUUUAGUAAACAGUGGCAGGACACGAUGCUAGUCUCACUACACAAUUUUUUGGCAACGAUAUUUCAAUGUAUGCCACAACCUACACUUCUUACCAUUGAUGAGGACACGAAUAAACUGAAGCGUCUGCAAGAAGAAAAUGAAACUCUCAAGCAGUGUCUCGGUGAAUCUGCUAAAAUAGAGAAUAUCGCUGACGUUAAUCCAGGGUCUACGCCGCAGCAUCCGCCAAUCAUGGACGACUUUUAUAUUAUUGCACAAGAGUCGCCACUGCUGGAGAAUCCAAAAACCCUACGGAGUUUGAUAAAAAAUAUCGGCGGAGGUUCGAGUCCAAUUUUGAAUCGCAAAUCGCUGUCGAGUAACAAAAAAAGUGAACUGGAUACGACAGUUACCAAGAGAACUUGCUCCAAAGGACGCGUUAAUUCCUUAAGUAAAGGAGAUUCUGCAAAAAGGAGCAUGAGUUGCGACUCAAGAUUAACAAGAAAACGUGACUUUUCUAUUGAGACGACCGCCGAACGCAAACAGAAAGAUAAAAUUGAUUCUAAUUACAUUCUGCUAAGUCAAGAAGAAUAUACGGAGCACAAGACUUCGAUAAUUCAAUGCAGAAGCAACACCAGCGGUUCAUAUGUGGCUACUGGAGAUGCUGAUGGUGUCAUUAAAGUCUGGACUCCUAUUCCUUCACCAAAAACUGUAGCAACGUUCACGUCAACGACAAUGAACUCCAACAAAGCAGUAACUUCUUUAGACUGGAUAUCGAAAAACGAAAGAUACUUUUUGCAUGGUGAUAACAAUGGCUCAAUCCAACUUCAUGACACGAGAGACUGCAAAACCCUUUGGGAAAUUCAACACGAGGGUUCACGUGUCGUCUCACUUACUUGCAGUCCUCUGGACUCGACAUUUAUCUGCUCGGUUUCGGACUCCAGUGAAAGCAAACUUCUGCUUUACGAUGUCAAGACCCGUAAACUCGAACGAACAUUGCCAAUGGACGGAAACCUGACAGCUCUUUGUUCAGUAUUCAAUCACAAUGGUCAGCUGCUGAUAACUGGUCUCUCAAAUGGAAAUCUUUUGAUCCACGAUCUACGUAGAAAUGAAAUUAUUGACAAUCUCACGUGUCACUUGAGUCCAGUAAUUGACGUUGAGCUAAUUAAUGACUACACCAAUAUCUGCGUUCUCAGUGAAGAUGGCAAGUUGUGCCAGAGAAGUCUCAAUCAGACGGGGAAAAUAAUGUGGGAGACUAAAAUAAAAAUUGAAAAAAAUUCCGUUCAUGGAAAAAUGUUUACGUUUGAUCAAAGUGGCAAUCAUAUGUUGCUUUGUACGCAGACUGGUGGCAAUAUCUACAAGAUGCCACCAGGAGCUCAAGCGAAAAUACUUGAACUAGGAGGUCACAAAGGAACUCUGUGUUGCGACUGGUCAACUGCCAAUCAAUCAGGAACAUGUAUCACUGGUGGAGCUGAGGGCAACUGCCGCGUUUCUACUCUUCUGUCACCAUGAUACAAAAAUAAAAUUAGCAUGUGUAUAAAUUCUUGAUAUUUUGAAUUAACUAUAAAUUAUAAUUAUUUAACUUUAUUUUUUGACUGAUUUUAGUGCAAAUAAUUGUAGAUACUGUAAUGUAAAACCUUUGUAAUACAUGUACAACACUUA